CCACCCUUCGGCCUCUGCCUCAAGUAAAAAACACGUGUCCCGAUGGCUCGAGCCGCUUGUAGUUGGGCUCCUGUUACUCCAGCCAGACGCCUCCUGUCGGAUGAGGUCACCGAUUCCGAAAAGUCUUUCCGAGGAAUUCCUUAACAGAGAUGGAGAGCCGGGGGAUCGUGGAUAGCCUGCAGAGGUUUUCCUCCCUCCCUGCCUAUCUACCCACAAGCUUCCACAUCGCCGACGCGGAGCAGGCCUUCUUCCUUAAGGAAGCCAACCAGGACAUCACGAGGAACUCCAGUCUGCAGGCGCGGGUGGAGUCAUUCUUUGUCUACCGGGCCAGGACCCCCCCGGCCAUCAAUGCCAGCUAUGGCCCAUUUUCAGCGGAGAAGACAAUCCCGCGGGAGCUCUUGUUGACUUCCCCGGCCUUUGGAAACAUGGAGAAGUUUCCCUUCAACUGGAAGCUGAAAUCCCACAUCCUCGACAGCUCCAUCUACUCCAACAGACCCAAAGUGCAGACCUUAUUUUACAUCACUGGGAUGGACUGGGACGACAGCGACCCCGAGGAAGAUCUACCAUGCGUCAAGAUGUUCGCCUUCCCCGAGGCCAGGGAAGUGGCGGCCAGCUGUCGGCUCCAAGGGGACCCGGGGCUUUGUGUGGCCGAGCUGGAGCUGCUGCCUGAGUGGUUCAGCUCUGGGCUGGACCUGGAGCCCGAGGAGGAAAUCCCGGCUCUGCUGGGGGGCACUGCGAUGGAGCUCUUCUUCACACUGUACCCGGCUGACCAGGCUGGCCAGUGUCCACUGGAGGAGGAUGGCAAGUGGGAGAACAACAUCCACUCUGGCCAGGACAGCCCCCAGCAGGUGCCUCCAGCCCGGGAGAGGAUUGGGAGUGUGGUGGUCUACCCAACUCAAGACGAUCUGAAGUGGUCCCUGGUGAGCCUGGACGAGAACGUCGUCAUCUCAGUACCCCUGAACCUCGUCCGGGAAGGGGACACGGCCACCUUUUUGGUCUCUCUGACCAGCAGCUCUGUGGCAGACCACUUCACUCUGAGAAUUAAGGCCGCAGCUGGUGUGAGAAUACUGGCCGUGCGCGUCAGCAGCGAGCAGCAGUGGGCAGUCCAGGAGGACAUCGACAGCAGCAGCGAGCAGACAACGGCCACCCUCACCUGUGUGGGCCACCACCCGGACACGCAGAGCAG